CGCCUGUAUCAACUUGUGACUGUGCAAUCAUCCACAAAACGACACUCACCCGGGCUUCCGUCUCACCUCCUCAACCACCAUUAAGUUGAGAAACACUACCCAGGGCGGAGUUCAGCUGUUAAUAUAGAGAUUAUCAGGGUGUACAACACGUGAGAAACUGACCUUAUCUAUCACCCAUUCCCCUUUCUCAAUUUUCCAAAACACCCACAAGUGAUGUCCAAGGAUGAUUUUUUCCAUCAGCCGUUGUUCCAGCUAUCGCAAACCAACCUUCGUGACCUAGAAAGGUCGGUGAGUCCUCGGGAAAUCAUACCCAACAACUCCGAUGUAUCUGAUCUUCCUCAAUCCAACGCUAGAUUCAAUGAUUUAAUUCAAGGUCAAAUCGACUUGAGCUUAGCAUCUUCUAACAACCCCACGACGGUGUUAGAACUAGACUUGGAUGGCAACAUCAAGUACCUCAGUAAGAAUUGGGAAAUAAUAGUAGGAACAAAGGUAAAGAAGAUGAUUCAAAAGCCAAUAUCCAGUUUUAUAAUUGGCAAUAAUGAAGAUGACUUGAACGUGUUCAACUAUGCCAUAGAGAAAAUGAUCAAAGAUGAUGACAGCUACAAAAUCCAGUUUAUUACUGCUACUGAUGAUAAGUCCAUUCCGGACUAUGAAAUCAAUAUAACUCCUAACAACUCUGUUGAGGAGAGCGAAACUGAAAACGAUUUACAAAGGGAAUACCAACCAAUAGGUGGGUUCUCCAGUCCUUUGAGCUUUACGGAAAAUGUUGUACAACAUGAAGAUGCGAUAGAUAUAGAUGACAUGGACGAUGAAGUGGAAACAGCCGGUUCUGAUACGAGUUCCAAGGUGUCGAACAAUGGAGGAAUCAUUGAGUUGGAAGCUCAGGGGAUUCUUAUCCAUGAUUCCAAGACUCACCUUCCUACGCACUCUAUUUGGACAAUCAAACCAUAUGUUCCGUUGGACUUGGAUCUUACCAUACCCAGUCAGUUGAUCGACUUACUUGGAUUUGGGUCGACGAUUUUCGAAAACUAUUUGCUUGAAUUGAAGGAGCUGAAGACCGCCGAUGAAACACUGGUGCCACAACCACAGACUGUUCUUUGUCAUAUUUGUGAGCAACAAAUCCCUGCUUGGUUUUUGGAGAAGCAUAGUGACUUGUGUAUUGUUGAACACAGAACCAGCGAAGACUUGCAAUUGUGUCAUGACUUAAUAAGCGACCAGAAGGAGUUAAUCUUGAGAAUCUUUGAAAGCUUGUAUCAACAAAAUGUCAAUAACUACAGCUAUGCGUACAACCAGGUCAACUCUUCAAGCAGUUCUUUGGGCUCAUCUAUUUCCUCGUCUUCGAGUGUCUCGUCAGCCGUUUUGGACUAUAAAGGUCUUCCUCUUCCAAAUUCUUCUUCAAAUGAGCAGCUUAAUGUGACUCACUUUCAAUCAAAACCAGUAUUACCCAUAAAAAAGUUCCCGUUUGGAAUCUUGUCGAGAUUGAUAGAGCUAUGUGAUGAAGCAUUAGCAAUCAAUCCAAUAGAAAUCAACCAAAAUGGAGAACCCCGGUUCUCUCCUAACACUGAAAAGUCCAUCAGUAUGAUAGUUAACUUCAAACCAUUUGAAACCAGUGACAAGGCAAUCAAGCUAAUCAUUCAAGAUACGCAAAGUUUGAUCAAUGACAAGAUAGAUACCCUUUCCAGGCUUUACUCGGUUCUCAAGAUCAGUGAAAAGAUCAAGAAAGAAGUCGAUGAACUUGUGUUGGCUUCUGUAACUGAUACAGUUUCUCGUAUCAAAGAGCAAAUGAACUCUUCAAAGUCCAAUUCUAAUUCGAUAUCUAACUCGACCUUAAACAGUCCCAUUGAUUUGAACAGCCCAAUUCAUCUGGGGAAACUUACGCCGCUGUCCUCCCGAUUUUCACCUCGACCUUCUCAGGCUCGUAUACAUUCUCCACAGCCAUUGAAGUCUCCGAGAACAACCAGUCCACAAAAUCUUCAACCUCCGCCAAUAAUUACGGCUUCACUGAGUGAAGACAGUUCUAACAGUCCCAACUAUCCGUCUAUCACACCUAAAGAUAUUUUAUUAAGAGGAAGAAGCUCAAAUAUGGAAUUUUCAAGAUCUUCCAACUCGAUCUCGUCCCUUUCUUCCCCGAGAUCAAGGAGGAACUCUAAGGAUAUCACAAUCGAAGGCUUUAACGAGUUGGUCUUGACAAAACAUAAAACUUCAGACCUGGAUCAUUCAUCUCCCAUGAGAUCUUCUCCAGCCACCGUGAGCUCAAUGCCCAUACCCAACUCGAAUGUAAACAUUGGCCAUAAUCACUUUUACAGUCCUGGGCACAAUUUGUCAUCACUCCAAAGAAAUACUCCUAGUUCCAGUCCGUUGAUAUCUCAUAGUCAGAUACAUAACGAUAGCUUGGAACGGCCUGAUAAAGCAUAUUUGAAUAUCCUGGGUACCAGUAAGACGGUGACUAAACCACCCUUAUCUCCUUUAUUAGUCAGUCAAACUCCUGCAACAAAACCAUCAGCUGGAUCUAUUAAGGACUAUGAGAUUAUUAAAGCUAUCAGCAAAGGAGCAUUCGGGUCGGUUUUUCUUGCCAAAAGGAAACUUACAGGAGAUUAUGUUGCUAUUAAAUGUUUAAAGAAAUCAGAUAUGGUGGCCAAGAAUCAAAUUUUGAAUGUCAAAUCAGAGCGGGCAGUGAUGAUGAAACAAUCUGAUUCACCUUAUGUGGCACAGCUCUAUAGCUCCUUCCAAACAAAUAACUAUCUUUAUUUGGUGAUGGAAUACCUCAAUGGUGGAGACUGUGCAACCUUAAUCAAGAUGCUUGGGACGUUGGGUGUUGACUGGACUCGUCGAUACGUAGCUGAAGUAAUUGUUGGUGUGGAAGACCUUCAUAAAAGAGGAAUUAUCCACAGAGAUUUGAAACCAGAUAACUUGUUGAUCGAUAGUACAGGCCAUUUGAAGUUGACUGAUUUUGGUCUUUCGAGAAUGGGAGUCAUUGGUAGACAAAGAUUGCAACGUAAAAGCAGCUCUUCCGAGCAUGGUGUUGAACUUUUCCGCAGAAGUUUAGCAUCUACAGUGACUCCAGGAAGUCCCCGGUUGAGUUUCGAUGGACCAGUGUUUGAGGCCAGUAACGGUGGUAAACGAGCAAGCUCUGUUACACCAUUUUCACUUUCUCCGACGGUUGAUCAACGAAAUUCUAUUUCAUCGCCUCUUAGUGAAACCCGUCAAACAGAAUCCCGAAUCAGUAUUGACCAAGUACCGUCGGAGUCUCGUUCUGAACCUCAGUCAUCAGACCGUUCAAAGAAGUAUGAUUCUCCAAAUCUUAAUCCGAGCUUGCCACGGACUUCAUCUGAAACGUCGUUUGCAAUUGUUGAAGAUGAUUUUCACGUUAGUCCUUCGCAAAGUGCUAAAGUAACUUCGUAUAAGCUUUAUGAUCCUCAAGAAACCAGCGAAAUCAAAUUUGUGGGUACACCUGAUUAUCUUGCACCAGAAACUAUUAGAGGUGUUGGUCAGUCUGAGGCUUCUGAUUGGUGGUCUUUAGGUUGCAUAAUGUUUGAGUUUUUAUUUGGUUACCCUCCAUAUCACUCAAGUACACCACAACAAGUUUUCACCAACAUAUUGAAUGGGGAAAUUGACUGGCCUAAAUUACUGGAAGAAGAUUUUGAUGAGAUUUGUCCUCCAGCUGCCAAAAACUUGAUCGAACGGUUGUUGAAUGUGAAUCCAGAAGAUAGACUUGGAUAUGGUGGCAGUGACGAAAUUAAGAGACAUCAGUACUUUAAUGGAAUUGACUGGGACAACUUAUUUAACGAAAUUCCCUCGUUUAUUCCACAACUUGAUGAUCCAGAAUCAACAGAAUACUUUGAUAAAAGAGGAGCUGAUAUCUCGCAGUUUCCAAAGGAUGAAAGUGAACUGAGUGACGAGGAUCGAGGAAGCAAUGAUGAUAUGAAACUCAGAAUUCGGGAUGAUAACCUUGGACUGGGGACCAGUGAAAGUAAAGGAACUACCAGCACCAACUCCAGCUCAAAUAGCCGUCGUGGUAGUUUGUCUGCUGGGACAAAGAGAGAGAGAAGAAGUAGUAAAUUGACAGAUCCAAGCGAAUUUGGCUCCUUUUACUUUAGAAACUUAAAUGUUCUUGAAAAAGCCAAUAAAGAUGUCAUCAACAGAUUGAAGAGUGAGCACUUAGAGCACCGUGGUAGUUUUUCAAGUUCUUCUUCAGACUCAACUCCUAUCAGGUCUCGGGGAUAUUCUUUUGGUGAAAAGCCAAACUUUAGUUUGAACUUGAACAACUCAGGAUCUGUAGGACUAGGAUUGGCGUCUUCCUUUGGGCCUGGAUCAAGUAGCUCAACCCCUGUGUCAGCUACAAACCUGGCACUGGGAUACUUUGGUCCUCCAUUAAAGGAUGCAAGCCCCUUCAAAAGACCAGUUUCUCCUAUGCUCACUGCGUUCAACCGUGCCCCAUCACCAAUGAAGGAUCUCACUGGAAGUCCACCAAGUUUCAAGCAACACGAAAGAAUUGGGUCUGGGCAUUCAAGUGAUGAUAUACCUGAUUUUGGUAAGUUAUCUCCCAAUGACCCUCCAGCUAUGAGACAUAGAUCUUCGGUGAACUCACUUGCUCGGAACAGUUUCAAAGACUCCCCUACGUCUUCGGACACCGAAGACAACAGCAGAGCACUUAUGCGAGUACAGAAACGUAGGGAGAGCUCUCGUCGGCAGAUGAUGAAUAUCAAUGAACUCGACAUUUUGUACUGCGAGCCUAUUCCUAUUGUCCGACAUGUUAUCAUGAACUACUUUGAAAAGUUGGGGUGUAUUGUGGUACUUGUUAAUGAUGGGGAUGAACUUAUUCGCAGAGCCACCGGGCAGGUGAAGUUUGAUAUGAUAUUUACGGCGUUGAAAUUGCCCAAAAUUGGUGGAAUUGAUGCGGUCAAGCUCAUUCGACACACCAAUGGGGUCAACUCUCAAACUCCUUUAGUAGCAAUUACCCUGUUUGCAAAAGAAGCUACUCAAUCGGGACAGUUUUCAGAAGUGCUUGAAAAGCCGGUAGAAUUUGAAUGUCUUCGCCAGUGCUUAGCCCGGUCUCGUCUGGAUGAAGUGUUUGAGAGCGACACCGAGAAAUAACCAAUGAAUACGAUGUAAUGAUAAACGUAUACUAAUAUUACACUAAUAUUUAACUACUGUUACUACGGGCACGGGACAACUUGUCGAUUGUGUCACGAGACUCCUCUUCGCUCUUCAAGUAUGUUUCUCUCAACCACCGUAACUGUUCGAUGCUUUCAAGAAUAUCCAGUUUGGCAGUAUGAUCCUUCUUUUUCCGUGGCUGAACACUCAUCAAUUUGGGGUUGUGACGCUUGCCAACCUCUGAGAGAGAACUCACAUCUACAAGCCGAUAGUGUAAAUGAUCUAUCACCUUUGGAAACUCUUUCAUCAUGAAAAAUUUAUCCAUAUGAACCGAAUUACCUGCCAAAAGACCCUUGUGAAUAUCCACGUACUUUGUGAUAAAUGCCAAAAGCUCGUCUUGAACCUUGGAAACAGUUCUGUCAGGAUUACUGAUUACCUUAUUCCAUAAACCUGACUCCGUGUGGGUUUUCGUGCACCAGGCAUCCAUUUUUUGAAGAACCGAUUCAUCAUAGUACACGGUGGAUUCGUAGCAGUCAUCCACCACAUUUAAAUCACCAUCGGUUAUCAAACAACACACCUCAAUAAUAUGGUCAGUGUUGAUGUUGAGACCCGUCAUCUCGCAAUCGAUCCACACCAACGGCUUGGAUGGCUUCAUCACUCUGGUACUAUUGACAAGAUUCUUGAUGAGACGUUGAGCACUCAUCUCGAUUCGC